AAAUCGCAAAAGCACCCUCUCUAUCUAUUUUCAGGGCUCUUCCACGCUUCAACCAUGGAUACUAUCGUGGUGAUUAUCCUACUGUGUGCUACAUCAGCAGCUUCCACAGCCAGUACUCCUUGUAGCAACUGUGACGGUAACAACGUGACCUGUGUUGACGGUGUGUGUCCACCUCGCUGUGUCUCUGUGACGUCAUCUGGUGAGUGUCUCCAGUGUCGGGACUCCAGGUUCUAUGGUAAACAGUGUGAAGAUGACUGUCCAGACACCUGUCUCAACUCUCGCUGUCAGAUGGACAACACCCGUGUUGUGUGUAGAGAGGGAUGCGUGGCCGGCAAGAAGGGAGAUAACUGUGGGGUGAACUGUCCUACAGCCUGUACACAGUGUGAACGUUAUGGUGAUGGUUGUACAGCACCGUGUCAGAAUCCCCGGUAUUACGGUCCACACUGUAGAACACCUUGUUCCUCCGGCUGUACAGAUGGAUGUAAUAGGAUCACGGGGGAGUGUGACGGCUGUGAGCCAGGUUACACAGGGGACAAGUGUGAUGUUACCUGUCCUCCCAACUGUAGAGAAGGAUGUGAUAAAGACACGGGGGAGUGUGACAGCUGUGAGCCAGGUUACAGAGGGAAGUACUGUGACAGCUGUGUGCCAGGUUACCUGGGGACAUAUUGUAAUGUUACCUGUCAACCCAACUGUAAUAAAUGUCAAAGGGAUACAGGAGAGUGUGACAAAUGUGCAGAAGGAUUCUGCCGGGGUGGAUGUGAUGAACAUGGAGAUAACUGUAACAGCACAUCCUGUAAAACGACAUGCCGUGCUAACUGUAAGGUUGAUGACUUCACACACAACCAGUGCACUGGACCUUGUAUCAACGACAAUUAUUAUGGAAAGAUAUGCACGACGCCAUGUCCAGAUAACUGUGACACGUGUGAGAAAGACUCAGCCAAGUGCUUCAAAUGUGCAACAGGUCUGAGAGGGGACUUGUGUAACGAGUCAUGUCCAUCUAACUGUAUAGCCUGUGAUCGCUCUGAUGAUACAUGUAUGGGAGCUUGCCGAAAUGAUAACUAUCAUGGGCCAAACUGUUCGACUCAAUGCCCCGUCAGCUGUGAAGGAUGUGACAAGGAGACUGGGCGGUGUAUAACCUGUGCCAAGGGCUUCAGCAGGACCUACUGUGAUGAGAUGUGUUCUCCAUGUACAGGGGACGCUUGCCAGAGAUUGCCCUGCAAAAUACGUUCGUCUGAUCACAGUUUAGUCAUUUCCAUUGGAUCAGUGGCAGGUGUCCUCUGCUGUGCUGUGCUAAUACUCAUAUUCAAGAGACACAUAACUCAACUACAAUGUGCUGAUCGCUCCAGCAGGAACUGCAGCGACACAGUGGGACACAGGUACUGGGAUAUAGAUGUCAACCUGGUAGCCGAGCAGUCUGAACAAACUGAACAGUCGGCUCCUGCAGUACCCCUCACAGAAAGGCCCCGGGAAAGGCUUGCCGACAGGAAACCAUCAGGUAGUCAACUGACAGAUGACUCGGCGUCUCAAACCCAUUUGCCAAAGCAAGCAGCUGACAUAUUUGCAGGGAGCGAACCCCAACCUGCAGAUUCAGCACGAGGAAGUGGUGUUGAAAAAGAGUCCUUGUUGACAUUAUUGUGUGCGUCAGCCCUUGCUGAGGCUGAUAGUGAUUCCCGGCGUCAGUCAGUCCAUAGUGAAGGUGACAAUGGUAUUAAUAUUUCCGGUGAAAUCCAAAGAAUGACCGAAAGAACCGAUUCGAUCAUUUUCCUUGAAGAAAAUUGUGAUUUAUCAAGAGUGAGUGUCCGAUAUUUGACAACGAAUAACACUCAUUGAGACAAUGCUCAAGGUGGCAGGUGGUAGGUAGUAUUAACGAAGAUUGGGAUUAUGAAUGGCCUUCUUUUCCCAAUUUCCUCAGACCGAGUGUAUACUGUUGACGUUAAAAAAAUUCAUUUGCAAACUAUUGUGUUAUUAAAGAUAAUAUAUGAUGCCAAUAUAUUACUCCGGUCGGUAGAAUUUCAUAUAUCUGUUAUUCAUUUAAUACUGGGUUGGAUAUAUAUUUCAUAAUGUAGAUGCUUUUUGCUAUCAAAAUGAUGAACUUACCUCUUUUAUUCAUAUAUGCCUUGACUUAUUUUUCUUAUACUUUAACUUAAAAGCUAUCAACUUGAAUAUCAUACAGAUGUUCUGUUAUUUAAAAUGGUUAAACUUUCAACUUACUUAUGACUAUUUUGAAUUUCCUAUUGUACAUUACUCUAUCAAAACACGUACAUGUAUAUAUUGUUUGUUUUGUUUUGUUUUCGAUUUCACAAAUGUAUCUCGCUUUCUUUCUCUCUCUCUCUCUCUCUCCCAAUCUCUCUCUCUCUCGUUCUCUCUCUCGUUUCACUUUGUGGAAGUUUCUCGUCAGCUUGAUCGACUGUAAUUGACUUAACCCAAAUAAUAUCCUGUUUGUGUUUAUAGUAUCAAAGGACAUUAUUCGUAUGAAUCAUUGAAGUACGUUUUCCUUCUAUUGCGGAAUCUGCGCCAGUUGCAGAUUACCACCAGAUAAAUCACCAGAUUACUUUUUGGCACACAGUUCACGUCACAUUGGGUCGAUUUCAAUUUAUCACAUUCAGUAGCAAACCGUAUCCUUUGUGGGCUUAUGUACUUUGUUCACAAGUAUAAGGGGGCGGUCGGGUAGCCUGGUGGUUAAAGCGUUCGCUCGUCACGCCGAAGACCCGGGUUCGAAUCCCGACAUGGGUACAAUGUGUGAAACCCAUUUCUGGUGUCCCCCGCCGUGAUAUUGCUGGAAUAUUGCUAAAAGCGGCGUAAAACCAUACUCACUCACUCACUCACUCACAAGUAUAAGAAGUGUGCACAAAAGAGUUUCUGUGUGACGAUACUGUUCCUGUAUCUGCUCUUUACUUCCAAAAUGUUUGAAUACUGCUGAUGCAGUUUUCACUUUAUUCACUCACUUACGUAUUUACCUGUCAACUGAAAAACACAGUUGAUAAACUGCCAGUAUGGGAAUAUGAAACAGAAUCUUGAACCGGUGGCUGAUGUACAUGUGUACACAUCAAAACUUUUAAAGUGACAGUCUUCGAAAUGGAAGGUAAUGUUAUUCAAAUUCAAUACAAUCUGUCUUUACACACAUUUUCUUUUUUAACAUCUGGUUACAAAUGCAUCAAUGUUGAUGGAUGAAUACACAGUCUUUGAAAGGCAUUUGGAAGUGUACACGAAAGAACAACAAAAGUAAUAAGAUAACAAAAGGUGGAAACUUAACAAGGGAAGUCAACAGAUAAUUGGCGCUGAUAGGCGAUUAGCAAUAGGCAAUGGAAGCCAACACCUCAUAGUAAAGCAGUUGACAUCUUGAAUUCUCUUUCUUACAUUGAGAUGUAAAGUAAAACUGUCUUGACAUGAAAGGCUGGUUAUCAGGUUUCAAGUGUUGUGUGCAAAUGUUUCCUUUUGUUUAAGCAUGUAUUUUCAUUUUAUUCACAUUCAGCACGAAAGUAAACGGAAUAUUUGUUUUGAUGUAAAGCGGUUUUAUUAUGUUGAUUGUGUUUUUUUCCAUAUUACUAAUUAAUCACGCCAAUACUAACUAAUGUCAAUAAACAAAACAAAACAUCGUA